AUUCUAGCAAUGGAGUGGUUGGUCCUCAUCGCGCUAAGUAUUACAGUACGUACAACAGUGCAGCAGGUUCUUGGUUUUACUGUCCCCCUCUAUGAUGCCGGACUUGCCGGAUACAGCCAUAAGUUGAAAAUUGCUUAUUUGGAGCCAGCUUUCGAAGUUCUGCUUACUACAACUAGUUCGAUGUUAUGGAUUCCACACAUCAACUGCACCACAGAAGCAUGUGAAAAUAAGAAAAAAUUCAAUUCAUCAAGAUCGAGUUCAUUCAAGCUAGAUGCAACCACUUGGCAGUCUGAAAAAUAUGGCGCUAAUGGCGUGCUUGGAAUCGAUACAAUUGUACUCUAUCAAACCAGCGGAACGAUGCGUGUGAUGCCGUAUACUGCAUUUGGGAUGGCCACAAAUAUCACUGUUGGAGAUAAAACGGUAAACGUCCCAGAUGGAGCCCUUGGACUAAGUUUUCGAUCCGAUCCCGGCAGCAAUAGCACGGCAUUCAUCAGUCAAGCUAAAAGCAAAGGAUACCUAUAUGAUGCCAUAUUCACCGUGUAUUUGAAGUCACAAACAGAAGCUGGGGAAGAAGCUGGAAUGAUUACAUACGGAUCUCAAAAUUUUGACAACUGUGCACCUAUUGUUGACUAUCACAGCUUUUCAACGUACACUUCGUAUCAAUUUCAGAUCACAACCAUCUCCUUGGGAAGGAUUUACUGGCCUAAGAAAUUUGAAGCAGUGCCGGAUUUGCAUAAAUUCAUCAUUGGUCCAUACUACAUCAUAGCUCAACUUGCCAUCACUGCUGGAGCAGAGUAUGACGAGGGUUUCUAUUGGAUAGACUGCAACGCUACAUUUCCGGAUUUGGAAAUCAAGAUUGGCUCAAUGAGCUACUACAUAAGUUCGGAGGAACUUAUAUUGAGGAAUGACAACGACACUACAUGCAUGUUGGCGAUGAAGCAUAUGAGGCGCGAUGUUCAACUUGACUAUCAGUGGUCAUUCGGAGCUCCAUUUAUACAGAGUCAUUGCAUAUCGCUCGACUUCGGAAGAAAACGACUUGGAAUUGCAAGAAUGAAUUAUACGUCAACCACCACUACAGUUACGAGACGCAGAAGGACUACUCGAUCCACAACAAUCAGAGCACCGUUAACAUCAUCAAAGAUAGCCACUACGACAAGUGCAGCGCCUCGGCAACAACUUUUCAUUGUAACUGCCUUCGCAUCACUCAUUGUUGGUUUAACUUGA